AUGGAGCGGGUCAAUGAGACUGUGGUGAGAGAGUUCAUCUUCCUUGGCUUCUCAUCCCUGGCCAGGCUGCAGCAGCUGCUCUUCGUUAUCUUCCUGCUCCUCUACCUGUUCACUCUGGGCACCAAUGCAAUCAUCAUUUCCACUAUUGUCCUGGACAGGGCCCUUCAUAUCCCCAUGUACUUCUUCCUUGCCAUCCUCUCCUGCUCUGAGAUUUGCUACACCUUCGUCAUUGUACCCAAGAUGCUGGUUGACCUGCUGUCCCAGAAGAAGACCAUUUCUUUCCUGGGCUGUGCCAUCCAAAUGUUUUCCUUCCUCUUCCUUGGCUGCUCUCACUCCUUCCUGCUGGCAGUCAUGGGUUAUGAUCGUUACAUAGCCAUCUGUAACCCACUGCGCUACUCAGUGCUCAUGGGACAUGGGGUGUGUAUGGGACUAGUGGCUGCUGCCUGUGCCUGUGGCUUCACUGUUGCACAGAUCAUCACAUCCUUGGUAUUUCACCUGCCUUUUUAUUCCUCCAAUCAACUACAUCACUUCUUCUGUGACAUUGCUCCUGUCCUCAAGCUGGCAUCUCACCAUAACCACUUUAGUCAGAUUGUCAUCUUCAUGCUCUGUACAUUGGUCCUGGCUAUCCCCUUAUUGUUGAUCUUGGUGUCCUAUGUUCACAUCCUCUCUGCCAUACUUCAGUUUCCUUCCACACUGGGGACUCAGGAAGCUUCUAUCUCUAGGAUUUUUCUAGAUGUUUUCUGGACCUCAGUCUUCCAAAAUCAUCAGAUCACAAUUGUUAAAUGA